AUGUUGUCUCGUUUUGAUUCUGAUGCAAAUGGGCAGAUAACCCCUGGGCCACCCAACUAUCUAGGCUUCAGAAUCACACCUCCAAUUGAUAGUCCAUCUAGAAACUUCGAUCGGGUUCUGCUACCUGUAGAGAAGUAA